AUGGAUGCUGACAGUCCGGACCGCGCAGGGACUCAGUCUUGCCCUCCUCCCGAAUUGCCCCAGCUUGUCGCUGAGCAGCAUGUGCCUAUCCCUCCUGCUGACAAGGAGACCCAGCGUUUGAUCGUGGUGCUCUCCCAUGCUAGCUUGGAGACGUUUAGGGCCUCCCACGGUGGUCGCAAUGGCACGGCUCGGGACGAGAAGUAUUCGUUGCUCAACAGCGAUGAACACAUUGGUGUUAUGCGCAAGAUGAACCGAGACAUUAGCGAAGCACGCCCUGACAUUGCCCACCAGUGUCUCCUUACCCUCCUUGACUCUCCCGUCAACAAGGCCGGCAAGCUACAAAUCUUCAUUCAUACUGCCAAAGGCGUCUUGAUUGAAGUGAACCCCUCUGUUCGCAUUCCUCGAACUUUCAAGCGGUUUGCCGGUCUUAUGGUUCAACUUUUGCAUCGACUCUCCAUUCGUUCCACCAAUUCGCAAGAAAAGCUACUCAAAGUCAUCAAGAACCCCAUUACUGAUCACUUGCCGCCAAACUGCCGCAAAGUAACGCUAAGCUACGAAGCCCCGGUUGUGAGAUGCAAGGACUAUCUUGAGUCUCUCGGUCCCAAGGAGAGCAUCUGUAUAUUUGUCGGAGCCAUGGCUAAGGGUCAAGAUGACUUUGCGGACUCUUUCAAGGAUGAUGCAAUUAGUAUCAGCAACUACAGUCUCAGUGCCAGUGUAGCGUGCAGCAAGUUCUGCCAUGCUGCUGAGGAAGUUUGGGAUAUCCUUUGA